GUGACAUAACAGGAAGCUUCCUUACUUACUGCAUCUGGGACAGCAAGCGUCUCUGCAUUCACCAUUGCAUUAAAAAAUUGUAUAUUUUAUCUGAAAAGCACCUUUAGCAUGAGAACUUGUUUCUGAGUUAGUAAAAUGACAAGACCACCAUCUGGUGGUGAGAGCAGUACAGCGCGGGAUGAACUCAGCCCUGGGCUGAUAGCGGUGGACUAACCACUGACUUCUGGAGACACCUAAUUCUUUUCAAAAUCCAGGUCACUUGUGUGACUUCUCUCACAAGUCACAACUGCAGAAUUUGGUUUUGGCUUCUCAUGUUUGUGUUGGCGAUGGGACGCUGGCAUCUGAAUUUAGCGGGUUAUCGUCUGUUGUAAAUAUGUAGCCCGGGAGGCUGGUAGUCAAGUCGAGGUUUGGCUGCCUGUGUUUUAUCUGAAGGGUUCAGACUCACUGUAGGGUUCAGAUACCAGGGUGCAGCGUCCUCCUAGAUCCAGUUCUGGUCUAGGCUGGCAGCGAGCAUGUGGGGAGGCUGUGCAGAGCGGGUCCAGGGCAGCCUGACAGCUGGAGCUGUGGGGAAGGCAGCCUGAGACAGAGUGGGAGAGGCAGGUCUAGAAGGGCGGGGACAUUCACCCGGAAACAGCGGUUGGGAGGCUGUUGGCGUUUACGUCGGUGUAGAUGAAGGGGGAGAGUGGGUGGGGCUAGAAGAGUGACGUAAACGGAAGCUGGGAAACCUCUAGACUAAAGAGCUGAAGCCAAAAGUGUCAAGUGCCCAUUCCCUGUCGUUGCACCCGGUCCUGCACCGUGGGGAACCGUGUGGUGCAGACCUGGGUGCGGAGGACCCGGCCGGGUAUUCCGGAACAUGAAACCUCCCCGGAGCCGCAGUGGCCGCGCGGGGCGGCCUGGGAAAGUCACCAGUCAGCAGCGCAGUGGCGGGAACCGCAGCCCGGCGGCCCUGGAACCUCCCAGGGCAGCAAGCCAUCAUUCAUUAUUCCUGGAAGAGAAACUUAAAGAAGAGAAACGGAAAGAAAAGGCUGAUUCUCCAGUAAACAUGUCCCAGGGUCUGUUGACAUUCAGGGAUGUGACUGUGGACUUCUCCGAGGAGGAGUGGGAAUGCCUGGACUCUGCUCAGAGGGCUUUAUACAUUGAUGUGAUGUUGGAGAAUUACAGCAACCUGGUCUCCAUGGAGAACGAUUGCAUAUGCGAUCCUGUCCACCAACAUGUGAAGACUGAAAAGGAGUCUUGUCAGUGUAAUGAGCUUGGCAAAGUGCUUCAUGACCUCUCCAAAUAUGCAAUUUAUAGAACAAGUGAAACUACAGAAAACUCUAAUAACUACAGAUGCAGUAACCACAGGGAUGCCUCUAUUGACUCAUCAAACCCAGACAGACAUGAAAGCAUGCACACUGGAGAUGAACCUUGCAAAUCUAAAGACUGUGAGAAAUCUUUAAAUUUGUGUUCCAACAUGACUCAAGAUCAGAGACCCCUCACUGCAAAGAAAGAGCACAGGCAGAGAGAAUAUCAUGACUAUUUUACCUCUGUAUACAGUCUGUUGCAAAAAACAAUCUACAUUGGAGAGACACUACACCAGUGUGGGAAAUUCUGGAAAUGCUUCAGUACUGCCUUAAGCCUCAGUGUACCCCAGGGCAUUUCUACUGGAGAGAAGCCCCACAAGUGCAACAUUUGCAACAAAUCCUUUAACCAGUGUGCAAAUCUCAAAACAUGUCAAAGACUCCAUACUGGAGAGAAGCAGCACACAUGCAGUGAGUGUGGCAGAUCCUUUACUCACUAUUCAUCGUUUAGGAGGCAUCAGAAAAUUCAUUCUCUAGAUGUAGUGUAUGAAUGUAAAAAAUGCAGUAAGUCAUUCCAUGAAUUAUCACAUCUUAAAACACAUCAGAGAAUUCACACUGGUGAGAAGCCUUACAAAUGUGAGGUCUGUGACAGAUUCUUUACCCAGCGUUCAAGUCUGAAACACAUCAAAGACUUCACACUGGCGAGAAACCUUACAAAUGCAAAGAUUGUGGAAAGUCAUUUCCACAGCUGUCAGCAUUUCAUAGCCAUCAGAAAAGGCAUACUGGAGAGAAGCCUUACAAAUGUAAGGACUGUGACAAAUCCUUUGCCCACUAUUGCAAUUUCAGGAGACAUCAGAAAAUGCAUACUGCUGAGGAACAUUGUAGUUGUCAAGAAUGUGGCAAGGUCUUUCAUCAGCUUUCACACUUUAGAAGACAUUACAGAAUCCAUACUGGUGAGAAGCCCUACAAAUGUGAGGGCAGCAAGCCAUCAUUCAUUAUUCCUGGAAGAGAAACUCAAAGAAGAGAAACGGAUGGAAAUGGCUGAUUCUCCAGUAAACAUGUCCCAGGGUCUGUUGACAUUCGGGGAUGUGACUGUGGACUUCUCCCAGGAGGAAUGGGAAUGCCUGGACUCUGCUCAGAGGGCUUUGUACAUUGAUGUGAUGUUGGAGAAUUACAACAACCUGGUCUCCGUGGAGAACGACUGCAUAUGCGAUCCUGUCCACCAACAUGUGAGGACUGAAAAGGAGUCUUGUCAGUGUAAUGAACUUGGCAAAGUGCUUCAUGACCUCUCCAAAUAUGCAAUUUAUAGAACAAGUGAAACUACAGAAAACUCUAAUAACUACAGAUGCAGUAACCACAGGGAUGCCUCUAUUGACUCAUCAAACCCAGACAGACAUGAAAGCAUGCACACUGGAGAUGAACCUUGCAAAUCUAAAGACUGUGAGAAAUCUUUAAAUUUGUGUUCCAACAUGACUCAAGAUCAGAGACUGUACACUGCAAAGAAAGAGCACAGGCAGGGAGAAGAUGAUGACUAUCUCACCUUUGUAUACAGUCUUUUGCAACAAACAAUUGGAAAAUCACCAUACCGGUGUGGGAAAUGUGAAAGAUGCUUCAGUACUGCCUUAAGCCUCAGUGUACCCCAGAGAAUUCAUACUGGAGAGAAGCCCCACAAGUGCAACAUUUCUGACAAAUCCUUCACCCAUUAUACAAAUCUUAAAAGACAUCAAAGAUUCCAUGUUGGAGAGAAGCCUUACAAAUGCAAUGACUGUGACAGAUUCUUUACCCACUAUUCAUCAUUUAGAAGGCAUCAGAAAAUUCAUUCUUUAGAGAAAUUAUACAAAUGUAAAGAAUGUGGUAAGUCCUAUAUUGAAUUAUCACAUCUUAAAAGGCAUUACAGGAUCCACACUGGUGAGAAGCCUUACAAAUGUGAGGUCUGUGACAGAUCCUUUAACCAGUGCUCAAGUCUGAAAACACAUCGAAGACUUCACACUGGCGAGAAACCUUACAAAUGCAAAGAUUGUGGAAAGUCAUUUCCUCAGUUGUCAGCUUUUAAUAGCCAUCAGAAAAGGCAUACUGGAGAGAAGCCUUACAAAUGUAAGGACUGUGACAAGUCCUUUGCCCACUGUUCCAGUUUCAGGAGACAUCAGAAAACCCAUACUGCUGAGGAACAUUGUAGUUGUCAAGAAUGUGGCAAGGUCUUUCAUCAGCUUUCACACUUUAGAAGACAUUACAGAAUCCAUAGUGGAGAGAAACCUUACCAAUGUGAGGUAUGUGACAAAUCCUUUUCCCAGGACUCAACCCUUAGAAGACAUCAGAAAAUUCAUACUGGGGAGAAACCUUACAAAUGUAAGGAGUGUGACAAAUCCUUUACUCGGGAUUCAAAUCUUAGAAAACAUCAGGAAAGACUUCAUACUGGAGAGAAGCCAUGGAAAUGUAAAGAAUGCGGUAAGUCCUUUAAGUGGUUGUCUCACCUUAAAACCCAUUGCAGAAUCCACACUGGAGAGAAACCUUACAAAUGUAAUGAAUGUGAUAAGGGCUUUUCUCGGUUAUCUAGACUUAAAAGCCAUUACAGAAUCCACACUGGAGAGAAACCUUAUAAAUGUGAGGAAUGUGGUAAGUGCUUUUCUCGAUUAUCGAGACUUAAAAGCCAUUACAGGAUCCACACUGGAGAGAAACCUUACAAAUGUAAGGAAUGUGGCAAAGCCUUUACCCACUGCACGGGUCUUAGUACACAUCAGAAAAUUCAUACUGGGGAGAAGCCCCACAAAUGCAAAGACUGUGGUAAAGCCUUUUAUCUGUUGUCAACACUUAAGGAACAUUACAGAGUCCACACGAGAGAGAAGCCUUACAAGUGCAAAGAAUGUGGUAAGUUCUUUCACUGGUUGUCGGGCCUUAAAAGCCACUACAGGAUUCACACUGGAGAGACGCCGUACAAAUGUGCGGAGUGUGACAAAUCAUUUUCUCAGUUGUCAAGACUUAAAAGCCAUUACAGAACCCAUACUGGGGAGAAAUCUCGCAAAUGUGUAGAGUGUGACAAAUGCUUUACCCGCUGCACAGCUCUUAAAAGGCAUCAGAAAAUUCAUGCUGAUGAAAAACCCUACAAAUGUGAAGAGUGCAGCAAGUGUUUUUAUGUGUUCUCACACCUUAAAAGCCAUUGUAGAACCCACACUGGGGAGAAACCCUACAAAUGUGAGGAAUGUGGUAAGUGCUUUUCUCAGUUGUCAAAACUUAAAAACCAUUACAGGAUCCAUACUGGAGAGAAACCUUACAAAUGUAAGGAAUGUGACAAGUCCUUUACCCACUGCACAGCUCUUAGUACACAUCAGAAAAUUCACACUGGGGAGAAACCUUACUCAUGCAAAGACUGUGGUAAAGCCUUUUAUUUGUUGUCAAGACUUAAGGAACAUUACAGAGUCCACACUGGAGAGAAACCAUACAAGUGCAACGAAUGUGGUAAGUUCUUUCAUUGGUUGUCGAACCUUAAAAGACAUUCCAGAAUCCACACUGGAGAGAAACCCUACAAAUGUGGAGAAUGUGACAAGUCCUUUACCCACUGCUCGAGUCUUAAGGCUCAUCAGAAAAUUCAUGCUGGGGUGAAGCCCUACAAAUGUGAAGUAUGUGGCAAGUCCUUUUAUUGGCUGUCAAACCUUAAAACCCAUUCCAGAAUCCACACUGGAGAGAAACCGUACAAAUGUAAUGAAUGUGACAGAUCCUUUACCCAGCGAUCUCUUCUUACAAAGCACAACAGGAUCCAUACUGGAGAAAAACACGAACAUAAGAAACUUGUGAGAGCUUUUAAUGAAUGAUUAAAUCAUAGAAAUCCCAAGAGUGUAUACUGAAGAAAAAUUCUUCAGCUGUAGCAAUAUUUAAAAAUCAUUCCUAAGAACAUUUUACUUGUUCAACCUCAAAAAAUUCAUGAGGAUAAAUUGUAAUCAGAAAAUUAAUACCAGAAAGAAACUACUUUUGUGAAAUCCUCAUGUCUUGUACAUUAGGAAUUUCAUAUCUUGUAAUUCCAUGCUAGAGAGCCCAAGAACUGCACUGAAUUUUUCAAAGUUUUUACCUGGUGUUAAGAUUAUAGCUACAUCUGAAAACUCAUCCUGAAGGGAAAACCCAGAAAACUCCUAGCAAGAGCAUGAGAAACGUUAAAGACAUAACCUGUGAAUGUGACACAUGUACAUGCAUAUGCACAGCUAGGAAAUCCCAAAAAGUAUGCAGGAACACCAUUUUUCAGUACUCAAGAAAGUUGGAGAAGUAUUUACUCCAACUGAAAAGCACAGUGAUUCACAUAGAAACGCUAAGACACAAUCGACAUUAGACAGACAAGCAUGUUACAAAGAAGAAAAUCAAGUGCGUAAGUGAAUUUGUCCUGUAUUUGAGUGGAGGAAGAUAGUUCUGUUUGAGUAAAUAUAAUAGUAUUCUUACUGACAUUUUGGUAGUACUACUGUUGGGAUUUGCUGAAAUGUAAACACAGUGGUUUGUUUAAACUUGGAUACGUCCGUGCUCUCUUGCUUACGGAUGGUUUUAUGAUAAUGUGUAUCAGUUGUUGCUGCAUCAGUGCUGAUGAACCUGAGACAGGCGUCAGGGAAGUUAGAUAGUUAGGGACUGGUCACUAACCAUCUGUGGGCACAGAUCAAAUGGACAAGACUCCUGAGGGCAAAUUCAGAGGAUCCUGGGGUCAAAACUCUUCUUCGUGCAGGUGCUGCACAGACCAAGGCACCUCUGCUUGGUGACCUUUUGGUAACUACCCUGGUUCAUGACAGUGUUCCGGUCCAAGGAGAAUUCUGUCAUUGUGUGCCUGGGAAGACUACUCCUUUUUCACCACUUUCCCCUGACUGUUGGUUACUGGUUCACUGUUUAAAGCAGCCUUCGCCACCCGAGCAGAGUCCUGUCUUGGAAUCCCUUUGGUCCCAGGCGUUAUUCUCCCCUUUUGUUUCUGACACAUGGUGUUUACCCGGAGUUCAGUUCUCUUUGUGUGUGGGCAGGAUUCUGAGGUCAUAGGUGCCGCCAUUGGAACUUGCUGCCAGCUGCUCCCAGAAAUCUACUGUGUGUUUUAGCUCCAUGAAGAAUUAGUAGCCUAAGCACACUUCAUCACUAUAGCACAAAUGGAGAUGAGCUUUAUUUGCAGGAGAAGGAGGAAUACACUUACAUAUGAGGUAAGUAUGCUGGGCAACAGGAAGAGAAAAGGGCUAUCCUGGCAUUCAGCAGGCAGAGGCAGGGGCAUCUCAAAAACAUUUUACAGAUCCCUGAAAAAAAAUGGGCAAAUCCAUGGAAUUAGUGAUUUCUAUCUGGAUGUCCUCAGUGAAAUGUAUGUGGAAAAAUAGAGAUAUCAGAGGAAAAUAAAAUCGAAUAUUAGAGAAUGUGUAGUUGUGUUGAACAGUGUACGCCAUGAAACUCACACGUUUGCCUUCUUUGGAAAUGGUGAAUAAUAACUGUAAGUUUCCAUCCUUAGUAAAGUAACAUUCCUCCUAUUGUAAUCUACAUUUUUUUUUGUAAAACCACAUGCAAUUUUGUAAUAUUUUGCAACUCUGUGUAAGGUGAUUUUUUAAAUAAAUAAAACAUCUGUGUUUAAUUA